AUGGCAAGAUUAUUGAAGAAGAGUGAAGCAAAGUUUGCAAUGUAUGGUCCCGGAUUGACGGUGUGGUGGUCCAGGCUGCUGAGGCAGUGCAACCCACAAGUCAACAACAGCAACAACACCAACACCAACAUCAACACCAACACCAACACCAACAUGAACAACAACCAACAGUUUCACUACUUAUCCAGAAUCACCGACUGCCAACCCAUCCCAAAGGAGUUCUCACAACGGCAUCCUGGUAAAGAAAAGCAAACACAGUCUGAUGUGGCCAAAGGCAGUCGGGCAGUCUUGCAGAUAUCCUCCCAAAGCCUGCUAAGUCCAACUGGGAAAAAAGAGAAGACGGCUAUCAAUCAUCUGUGUAUCCUCAAAGCACAGAAGUCUUCCCACAGGCUUUCAGAUAUGGUCGGCAUUGAGAGUAAGCAGUCCACACUCCCAUCAAGGACCGGUGUAGGACUCCUGGGACGGAUAGACACGGUUGAAAGGCUAUUACAACUUACGGGUGGUUUGAAAGACCUGCCCCUCUAA